UUGUAAACAUUUCCUUUCGAUGCAGCUGAAAUCAAACUAAUUUCUGCAACAAUCUUUCAAAACAAACUAUUGAAACAACUUGAUCUGGUGUUUGUAACGAUAAUUAGAGUGUUAUUUGAACAUAUCUACAUUUAAACAUGUUGAACGCUUUAGGGGUAAUCGUUUCUGGUCGGCUGGUGCAAACCGAUUUCCAACAAAUAACCGACUCACAAUUCCUGAUAAACAUCCCCGAGGCGGACAACGUCAACCAUGUCGUGGUGUUCCUUACGGGAACGGUUCCGUUUCCAGACGGGAUGGCCGGCGCAGUUUAUUUCAGUUGGCCGGAUCCGAACGCCCCUCCCUGCUGGCAACUUCUAGGCUACAUUUCCAACACCAAACCGUCGGCUAUUUUCAAGAUUUCCCAGCUGAAGAAGCUCGAUGAAAUGGCCACUAACGGACCGACGAACGUCUUUGGCACGAACCUGCCCAUUUCGCACAUCGCCCAGAUUGGGGUGUCAAUCGAGCCGGAAGCGUCACUUUUGCAGCAAACCCCCGCCACGACCACCACCGACACCUACUACCAGUUCGGCCAGAAGAUGAUCCAGAACUUUUUCAACUUUGUGAGCAGCUUCUCGUUGACCCAGUCCCAGAUGGUGCCGAACCCGAGCGAAACGUUCGUGCCUCUUUCGACGGUGCAGACGUGGUUCACCAAUUUCGAGCGGCGGUUGCAGCAGAACCCCAACUUUUGGAAGAGCUAAGCCGAGGGUCAUGAAUUUAGUCAGUCAGCCGGGUUUCCUGGCCUGGCCACUCUCAUCAUCAUCAUGGAAUACAGGGGACGACGACAUCGAAACGACCACACGCGGGACAUGAAUAUUAGCGGUAGAGACAGGAUUGAAUUUUGAUUCCGUUUUGAUUUUUCAAAACUCGCUUGAGGAUUUUUGUUUCUACGCUUGGACCAGUUUUAAAACAUUUAUGGUAAACAUAUUUACUAAGAACAAUAUUGUUAGCCUGCUUUUUUUUCAAAAUUUGUUCUAGAAUAUUUCUUAUUGUGUUUGAAUAAAGUAAUUGUGCGUU